AUGCUUUCCUCCGUCUCGCGCCUGUUGGCCGCCGCUCUGGUGCCGGCCGCCGUCCUCGCCGCGGACCAGUACCCCGCCAACUUUGGCGACAUGUCCAUCAAGCUCGAGCUCCUGCGCUCCCUGACGGGCGGCACCGCCGCCACGCCCUACGAGACGGUGUACAUCAACUCGUCGAGCCUCGUCGGCAGCGGCGGCGCGGACGGCACGACGUACGCCGUGGACUGCGCCGAGGGCGGCGAAGCGGCGCGUCGCAUCGCCGAGGACACCGACAUUGAGUUCUCGAACCGCCAGUCCUCGUCGCUGUACUUCAAGUUCGACGACGACAAGGGCGGCGCCUUGGCUAUCGAGGCGCGCGAGAGGGAAAACUGCCUGCUGCUGGGCACGCCCGACUACGAGGCCAUCAACGCCAAGUGCCGCACCACGUUUCCCGAGGACUUUGUGAAGCAGGUCGAGGCCAAGGUGGCGGAGAUUUACGAGUGCGCGAACGAGGGUGGAAGUGGUGGGGACUCCUUUGCUGGGAAGAUGGGUGUCCCCAAGACGAUGAUGUCUGUUGGCUUCCUCGCCUUGGCUGCCGCUACUCUCUGGUAA